CAGGCGGUGAGUGACUCAGUCGCGUGCGCGCUUUGACUUUGGGACGCGCGUUAGUCUGGAGACGAGUGCGCGCUGCGGAUCUCCGCGUCUCUCCUCCCCUUCCAUUGCACCCUCUCUCUGAGCCUCUCUUCCCUUUAUAUAUCUGUUUUUAUUUAUUUAUUUGGAACCCAUUUUAACGAGACGCCAGCUGCUUCCACUGUCUCGUCACGCAGGAAUAACCCCACGCCCCCCCACUGUGGGCUUCCAUCUCCGUGACAGCCUGUGAGCCGGCUCGCGUAAGGCAUGCUGCACCUGACCCAGUGCAGUAUCAUUCUACCCUGGACAUUACUUUGGUGACAAGGACAUGGGACGACCUCUGUCACUUUCCAGACAGUUCAUUACGACUGACAUCCUGCUUAAUCUCAGUGGGAAGGAACCCGAGUCUCUUUCUCUGUCUUGCUGUGGGACAUCACAUACUCCUAACAGUUGGAUACAUCAGGUUCUGCAUAUCCUUGAUUGCUAAAGUGACCUUUUCAAAUGAGGAUGUCUGGUACUGUUGCUGUAAAGGACGGUUCCGAAGCCAUGCAGGGAUCAGAGACCGACAUGAGACACUCCACCUCUUUAGAAAACCUUAUAAAAUCUGAGGGCCACGAGAAAUUGCUAAGUGACAAAGAUAACAGCUGCUCCACUAAUCAACAAGACGCUACGCGAACCGUACAGCCCUUGUCCCAAACAGGAAAAAGGUCUAAGUCAAACUCAAAGUUAAAGCUAGUGCGGAGCCUGGCUGUGUGUGAAGAAUCUCCUCCUCCUUUCACAGAUGAUACACCCCAGGAUAUACAGGAAACUACUGAUGUCCAGCUCACACCGUCUCCUGCAAAUGAAGAGAAACCUUCAAAGGAUGAGUUUGACAAGGAAAAGGGUAGCGAAAAGUCGGCGCGCAAAAUGCUGUCGAGAGAUUCCAGUCAAGAAUACACGGACUCCACGGGUAUAGACUUGCACGAGUUCUUAGUAAAUACAUUAAAGAGCAACCCAAGGGAUAGGAUGAUGCUGCUGAAGUUGGAACAGGAUAUAUUAGAUUUUAUUGCUACCAAUGAAAGCCAACGUAAAAAAUUUCCACCGAUGACCUCAUACCACAGAAUGUUGUUGCACCGUGUCGCUGCAUACUUUGGAUUAGACCACAAUGUGGACCAGAGCGGGAAAUCUGUGAUUGUGAAUAAAACGAGCAAUACACGAAUCCCAGAUCAGAAAUUUGAGGAACAUAUCAAGGACGAAAAGAACGUAGAUUUUCAGAAGCGGUACAUUCUCAAGCGUGAUAAUUCGAGCUUCGAUAAAGACGAUAAUCAGAUGAGAAUGAGGUUAAAAGAGGACAGAAGGAGCAAAUCGAUUGAAGAAAGAGAAGAGGAGUAUCAGAGGGCUCGGGAGAGAAUAUUUGCACAAGAGUCUCAGGAGAAUUAUCUAAGUGAUAAGAGACUUCAAGAAGAGGAGAGUAACAGCACGCAGCAGAGACGGCAGAUAUUUAGGAUCAAUAAAGAAGCUUCAGGGCGCUCGGGGAAUAGCCUCUUCAGCAGCACGGAGAAUGACAGCAAGUACAACGAACCUCGCCCUUGGAGCAGCACGGACUCUGAUAGCUCCAUCCGAAAUAUGAAACCUGCUGUCACCAAAGCUAGUAGCUUCAGCGGCAUUUCUGUUCUAACUAGAGGCGACAGCUCUGGGAGCAGCAAAAGCACAGGCAGGCUUUCCAAAACAGGUUCAGAGUCUUCUAGUAGUGUAGGGUCAUCCACUGGCUCUCUGUCCCAUACCCAGCAGCCGCCUCUUCCAGUAAACGCUCUAAGCCAGCCAGCUCAUGGCACAACUGCCGUCUAUCCACCUGUCGGCACUAAUAAUUCUCUUUCCUUUGAUGGCGCUAUAAAUGGCCAAGUGACUCCUCCUAGUGCUAGCUUCUUUUUGCUUCCCCUGGAAGCCACAGGCAUUCCCCCGGGCAGCAUUCUGAUCAACCCACAAACAGGUCAGCCAUUUAUAAACCCAGAUGGGACUCCAGUUGUAUAUAACCCUCCUGUCACUCAGCAACCAGUUAGGACCCAAGUGCCUGCACCUGCCCCACCUCCUCCCCCAGCCCCACCUCAACAACCCACCAAUCACAUAUUGUCCCAGCCUAUCCGAUCUUUGCCGUCUUCUGCACAACCUGUUCAGUACUCUGCAGUCUCUUAUCCGCCCCCGCUCCUGCCAGUCUCACCCACCCAGCAGUACACUGUGCCAGAUAACCUGGGAUCCCAAUUUAGCCAUAUGAGCCUUGCCAGGCAGCCAUCUGCAGACAAUUCAGAUGCUCAUUCAACAAUGUUCCAGUCAACAGUGGUGCUUCAACCGUCUGCCCAACCUGGAUAUAUUAUGGCCCCACCCCCAGCACCUCCCCUUGGGCAGUCUGUGCCUCCUCCUACUUAUUCGACCUCAAACCAGCCUGUUAGCCAGCCAAUCAUGCAACAACAGGGAUUCAUGCAGCCAUCUAUACAGCAGAUACCAACGUGUUACUGUGCCCCAAACCAAUAUCCCCACUCCAAUCAACAAUAUCGGCCAGUGACAUCUGUCCAGUACAGUUCCCAAGCCAGCCAGACACUGCAGCAAGCCGCCCACUCCACAGGCUUUCCCACUGUAAUGUCUAACCAGCAGCCGAAUUUCCAGGGCAUCAUCCAACAGCCUCCGAAUCAAGCUCUGGUCGGUGGGCAGCCCAGCAACCUUACGAACCCUAUUCAGGGGGUGAUGGUGCAGUACUCCUCAGUGCCCUCCUAUCAGGUGCCAGUUCGACAAAGCUCUCAGUCUGUGUCACAGCAGCCAUACCCGCAACGGGUGCUGAUUCCUAGUCAGUCCAACCCAGGGCAAUUACCUGCAGCAGGAAUGCCAGUGUAUUAUAGCGUAAUAUCACCCGGGCAGCAAAACAACCUAAGCUCCUCAGUGGGAUUUAUCCAACCUACAGGAUCUGAAACAAUGCAGUUUAACAGAACAACAUCACCGUGCAAUACGCAGCCUAUGCCAGGCCCUCAGUGUGGAGGUGUGCCACCACCUCCCCCUGGAGGUGGAAUGGUGAUGAUGCAGCUGAAUGUACCCAACAAUCCUCCACCUCAGACACAUUCACCACCUCAAUGGAAACCAAAUAAAUAUUACUGUGACCACCAGAGAGCUCAGAAGACUGUAGAGUACAGCAGCCUGGACCAUACUACACAGCAUAGCACCCAUCUGGGCAGUCCUGUUACCUCCCCAAAUCAGUCACCUCUGCCUGUUCAUCUAACCAACAUGAAGAACAUUCACCCCAGCCUCACGCCUCUUCCUCUUGUUACACAGUUUUCAAGACCUUUUGCUGCAGGGCAUGGUGAUACCAGAUAUCCAAUGCUUGGGCAGCAGUUACAUUACAAUACUCCCCAUUUUAUACAGGGACACAUAACAAACCAACAGGGACAGCCUGGCCACCGACAUGGUAACAGAGGAAAAAAGGCUCCCAAAAAAGCAGCUUCUACAGACCUUUGCCCGGGGGACCCAGUAGUUUCUGGAAUGGGGAAGGUCCUUGAGAUCACGGAACUGCCAGAGGGGAUAAGUCGCAAAGAUGCUGAAAUGCUUUUUGGAGACCUCUCAAAGGCAGGAGCUAAUAUCCGGUGGCUGCGGGAGCCUCGCUUCCAACAAACUCCACAUCCACAUCACCCGCACUAUUAUGGCAGCGCAGAGAAUCAUACAAGUUUUGAACACUCCGAUGCCUCUCCGGACCUGGCCUCCACCUACACCAUUGUAGCUUUUUUCCCUACCGUAUCCGCUGCUCAGAGUGCAUUGAAAAAACAGAAUAACUUAAUGAACAAGUUUAGACUAAAAACAAGCAGAAAGCACUACGAUUUCCACAUUCUAGAAAGGGCCUGCUCUCAAUAAAAGGUCGUCAGGUGAUUUUCUCUCUCCCACUUCCAUUACCAGCCUCUCUGAUUUCUUCCCCAUCCAUCCCCCCCAAACCCCUGAUUGACCUCGUUUUUGAUGACCCUUCAUGCGACAUCCCAAGGAGGCUGUUGAAUAAUCUCUCCUAGAUUCUCUGAAUAGAAUGUGCCAGUGCUCCAGCAGAAAUCAGUGGAGGCAGAAUGAAACACACCAGGAUAAACUCUCUUCCUUUCCUUUUAUAGUCUGUUUGUUUUAUAUUUAUAUUUCUGUAUUGGACCCAAAGUUCUCUUGUACAGAAAAAGAUAAUGUUGUUCAUAAUGAAUGCCCAAUGUUAAAAAAAAAAAAAGAAAGAAAAAGAAGAAAAAAUGUGUUUUCUACUUUUUUUCACAGCCAGCACAGCACUUUGCCAUCCAUUUUAAUAGAACAGGGUGGGUAACUUAUUGCUGCACUUAAACAAAAUAGAAAUAUAUAUAUAUAUAUAUAUAUAUCUAUAAAAGAUUAUAAAUAGACCUAUUACUGUUUGAAUAGAAAAUAUUCUUGUGUCCUUGACUCCUAUACAGACUGAACUACUGAUGCGCUUUUAAAGCGUUAACACAAGGCCUUGUAAACAUUGUAAUACAUUGUCAUAAAUUACUUCUUAUUUAGUCAGAAGCCAUUCGGGGGAUGAGAGGUUUUUUUUUCUGAAUAAAUGAUGGAAAUCGUAAGAAUCUCAUGGAAGUUUUACAUAAUUUUAUAGCUAAUUCAUCUUAACAAACUGAUUACGGCAACCUUAAAAUCUCCUGGAAUCUGAAUGAAAGAAUGUUCCGUUAGAGAAAGUAAUUCUGAUCUUGCACCCCCCCCCCAAAAAACAAGUUACAUUUUAAUUACCUUGGUUUGAUUACUUUUUUUUAUUUUAUUUUUCCCCUCUAAGAUGCACUGGACAUCGAAAGAGUCUUUGCACAUAUGAACAAACAUUUUUUUGGUAUAUUUUGCAAGGCUGUACAAUGUGUGCUGGUGCAAGACUUUUUCAGUUAAGAAAAAUAAAUGUUUACAUAUGUAAAAUGUGUUUUGUUACUUCCCCACCCUCGCAUCCCUCAUUUAGGAUGCUGCUUUCAAUUUAUUUUAUUUUUUUUAGAUCAACUUUGACCAACGUUUUGCAUCCAUUAAAAAAACCAUUGAUUUGCUGCAAUAAUCUAAACAGUGUAUUGCCUCAAUUCCAGAUUUGUCUCAACUGACCCUCCAUUUUGGCUUUUUCUCCAGCUGUUCCUGUGAAAACUCCAUAGUAAACGUUUCUACGCUAGGAAA